UUGAAAUCAUAAUUCAAUAUGGUAUCAGAGCCUAUUGAUCCGUCUCUUCCUUCUCGAUAACACAAAGAAAAAAAUCGGCCCAGCCGAUUCGUCUUCCCACGCCGCCGAUCUCCACCAAUCGGCCAUGGCUGCUCAAUCUUCUGAUCCCAUGAAUCGUCUGCCUACGGGUUUGAAAUUAUUUAUCCGGAAUCUUCAAUCUCUAACUCCGGUCAAACUUGAUGAUACAAAUUAUCCUUCUUGGUCUGCUACGGUUCGUGCAAAUCUCAUCGCUCAUCGUCUUCUCGGAUAUGUUGAUGGUUCAGAAGUGCCUCCUCCACCCCUUGUUGUGGACGAGAAAGCUGCCGCCCCUGGCAAGGAUGAACUGCCAGUUAUGAAACCCAAUCCUGCUUAUGACUCAUGGGUUCUUGUUGAUGCUCAAAUCCGGGCCUGUCUUCUUGCUAUUGUUUCUCCAACCGUUUAGACUCAUAUUCAUGCUCUUCCGUCCUCUGCUGCGAUCUGGAAUCACCUCGAACAACGGUAUAAUUCUCUAUCACGUACUCAUAUUUUUCAAUUGAAGGAACGCCUACAUAGCAUUCAAAAGGGCACUGAUUCCAUGCAAACAUACCUGGACACUGUUCUCACUAUUGUCUCAUCUCUGAAAUUGGCUCAUGAGGACAUCUCUAAACAAGAUAUUAUCCUGUGUGUGCUUCGAGGCCUCCCUACGGACUAUGCCUCGCUCAAACAAAACGUUCGUACUAAUAUUGCAACCGUCACUUUUAAUCAAGUAUUUGCGUGGUU